UUCCAUUUUAACGUAUGAUCCCAAUAAACCUCUAAAAACUCAGUGCCCGCCCCAAAAAGUAUGGGAAAGGGUUACCAAAAAGAAACUGUCACCAUUAGAACAGAGAAGGAGCUUCUGGGCAGCUGAUAAUUUAUCCGAAUUCAGUACAACUGGUGUUGAAUUUGCGAAAACUGAUGAACUAUAUAUACACUUAGGUCUAACUUUCUGCAUGUGAAAAGUAAACAAAAACACAACAAAAUACACAAAACAAAACAUACACAAAAUUUUUUAAAAAGUGUGUGGGCUUGCCAAAAUUCAUUUCUGGUCUGGAUCCGCUUUUCAGCCCCUAGCUUGUGAUGUAAGGAAUAGACGGACCCUCGAGCUGGCGCUCAGAGUCUACUGGGUUCCAUCCACCGGUCAUUAUUCCAGGGCAAAGGAAGAACUUGCAGAGCCUGCGUCUCCGUACCUUUGCCUACUCGUUUCCCCUGCUCCAGAGCCCUUCCUUCUCUUGUCACUUGGUGAAAACUGCCACCUUUGGAGUCCCAACUGCAAACGCUCUUCCUUACCGGCACGACCUCGAGCUCCCUGCUGAAAACCUUUCCUCCCCACCAGGUUCUUACUGCCUCCCCGUGUCACCGCUGCCUCCUCAGCACUGGGCUUUUUAAGGGAUGGUGCUCGAUAAAUAUUUGCUCUAUGAAUGGACUACAGGGCUCUGGACUGGGACACAGCCACCAAGUGGAGGGAACACGCCGGAGGCCUGGAAAACCCGAGCAGAGGCCCAGGGCCGCCGGAAGCUGUGCGGAGGACCAGCCACCGGAAGUCAGUGGCGGCUUCAGGCCGGACGCUCUAGAAUCGCGGAGGUUCAGGGUCUCUGUGGUUGGACGCCUCGGAUCCGUCUACUUGGGGUGGCGUAUUACCAGAGCCGGGCUCCCGGGACCGAUCGGGAAAAUAAGGGGGUGGUGCAUUAAUUCCUCGGGCGAUGGGGACUGACAGGAGAACAGGGGCCUGAAGGAGGGGGAUUUCAUGAGCCAGCCGACAAGGUAACAGAUCCACGCACCUGAGCCCUUCCAAACUCCCGGGACCAGCUGCAGUCAAACCCGUGGAUGGCGGUGCGCAAGCACGCACGGGGGCGUUGCCUUCCAUUCGCGCGGCGCCUGGGACAGCUAGCGCGCAUGCGUCAGAAGACUGCGCGGGGCGGAGAGCCUGCAGAGCUCGGAGCGCCCUUUGGGCGGCUCCCGCGGGCGAGCUGGAAAGCGGCGCGCGCGCGGAAGCGCGCGCGCGCGGAGGCGCGGCUUCCUCUGCAGGUGGUCUCGGAUUGGACGCAGCAAGUCGAAGGGGUGGGAACCUCCGCAGAGACCGCCCAGCGAUUGGCCAGAGGCUGGAAGGAGCGUGGUCUUGGGAGGCGGGGCGGGGGAACCGGCGGGGUAGAGCGCGACGCUGAGGUGGUGGCGGCGGCCUUGAACAAGUGAGCGAGCGACGCUUGGAGUGCCCCUCCCCUGGGGACGGGAGCCCGGGGAGGCGGGGAGCGCCGGCGACCUCCGAAGGCCCGGAGGAGGCGUCGGAGUGAGGCGCCAUUCGACGCCAUGGCUGAACCCCUGAAGGAGGAAGAAGGCGAGGACGGCUCUGCGGAGCCCCCCGGGUCGGUGAAGGCGGAACCCACCAACACCGCUGCCUGUGUAGCGGCCAAGAACCUGGCCCUGCUCAAAGCCCGCUCCUUCGACGUGACCUUUGACGUGGGGGACGAGUACGAGAUCAUCGAGACCAUAGGCAACGGGGCCUAUGGCGUGGUGUCCUCUGCGCGCCGCCGUCUCACUGGCCAGCAGGUGGCCAUUAAGAAGAUCCCUAACGCUUUUGAUGUGGUCACCAACGCCAAGCGGACCCUCAGGGAGCUGAAGAUCCUCAAACACUUCAAGCAUGACAACAUCAUUGCCAUCAAGGACAUCUUGAGGCCCACUGUGCCCUAUGGCGAGUUCAAAUCUGUCUAUGUGGUCCUGGACCUGAUGGAGAGCGACCUGCACCAGAUCAUCCACUCCUCCCAGCCACUCACUCUGGAGCACGUGCGCUACUUCCUGUACCAGCUGCUCCGGGGCCUCAAGUACAUGCACUCGGCUCAGGUCAUUCACCGCGACCUCAAGCCCUCCAACCUGUUGGUGAAUGAGAAUUGUGAGCUCAAGAUUGGUGACUUUGGCAUGGCCCGUGGCCUGUGCACCUCGCCUGCUGAGCACCAGUACUUCAUGACUGAGUACGUGGCCACACGCUGGUACCGUGCUCCUGAGCUCAUGCUCUCGCUGCAUGAGUACACGCAGGCCAUCGACCUGUGGUCUGUGGGCUGCAUCUUCGGUGAGAUGCUGGCCCGGCGCCAACUCUUCCCAGGCAAAAAUUAUGUACACCAACUGCAGCUGAUCAUGAUGGUGCUGGGCACCCCAUCGCCGGCUGUGAUCCAGGCUGUGGGGGCAGAGAGGGUGCGGGCCUACAUCCAGAGCCUGCCACCCCGUCAGCCUGUGCCCUGGGAGACAGUGUACCCAGGUGCUGACCGCCAGGCCCUGUCCCUGCUGGGGCGCAUGUUGCGUUUCGAGCCCAGCGCCCGCAUCUCCGCAGCUGCUGCCCUUCGCCACCCCUUCCUGGCCAAGUACCACGACCCUGACGAUGAGCCUGACUGUGCCCCGCCUUUUGAUUUUGCCUUUGACCGUGAAGCGCUCACUCGGGAGCGCAUUAAAGAGGCCAUAGUGGCUGAGAUUGAAGACUUCCACGCACGGCGUGAGGGCAUCCGCCAGCAGAUCCGCUUCCAGCCUUCCCUGCAGCCCGUGGCCAGUGAGCCUGGCUGCCCUGACGUUGAGAUGCCCAGUCCCUGGGCUCCCAGUGGGGACUGUGCCAUGGAGUCACCUCCGCCAGCUCCACCACCGUGUCCCGGCCCUGCACCCGACACCAUUGACCUGACCCUGCAGCCGCCCCUGCCAGCCAGUGAACCAGCCCCUCCAAAGAAGGAGGGUGCCAUCUCAGACAACACCAAGGCGGCCCUCAAAGCUGCCCUGCUCAAGUCCUUGCGGAGCCGGCUCAGAGAUGGCCCCAGCGCUCCUCUGGAAGCUCCUGAGCCUCGGAAGCCAGUGACCGCCCAGGAGCGCCAGCGGGAGCGGGAGGAGAAGCGGCGGAGGCGGCAGGAGCGAGCCAAGGAGCGGGAGAAGCGGCGGCAGGAGCGAGAGCGCAAGGAGCGGGGGGCCGGGACCUCUGGGGGCCCUUCCACCGAUCCCCUGGCUGGGCUGGUGCUCAGUGACAAUGAUCGCAGCCUGCUGGAGCGCUGGACUCGCAUGGCCCGGCCCCCAGCUCCCACGCCAGCCCCAGCGCCAGCCCCAACCCCAGCCCCAGCACCAGCCCAUGCCCCGGUCCCAACGCCCAGCCCAGCCCAGCCCAGCAGUCCUCCUGCUGGCCCCCCAGCACAACCUGUAGGCUCCACCCCUGGUCCUGCACCGCAGCCUGCCUGCCCACCCCCUGGCCCCACUCCCCACCCAGCCAGCCCUCCUGGGCCCGUCCCUGGCCCUCCUCCACUCCAGACUGCCACCUCUAGCCUCCUGGCCCCCCAGUCGCUUGUGCCACUCCCCGGGGUGCCUGGCCCCAGUGCUGUCGGUGUUCUGCCUUACUUCCCCUCUGGCCCACCCCCUCCGGACCCCGGAGGGGCCCCUCAACCCUCCACCUCAGAAUCACCCGACGUGAACCUGGUGACUCAGCAGCUGUCCAAGUCACAGGUGGAGGACCCCCUGCCCCCGGUCUUCUCGGGCACUCCAAAGGGCAGUGGGGCCGGCUAUGGUGUUGGCUUCGACCUGGAGGAGUUCCUAAACCAGUCUUUUGACAUGGGCGUGGCUGACGGGCCACAGGAUGGCCAGGCCGACUCAGCCUCCCUCUCGGCUUCCCUGCUUGCUGACUGGCUGGAGGGCCACGGCAUGAACCCUGCCGACAUUGAGUCCCUGCAGCGUGAGAUCCAGAUGGACUCCCCGAUGCUGCUGGCUGACCUGCCGGACCUCCAGGAGCCCUGAGGCCCACAGCCUGUGCCUUGCUGCCAGGGGCAGACCCAGCUACAAGACUCACAGGAACAUUUGCAAGGGCUGGAGCCCUGGGCCCAGGAGGGGAAAGCUCAGCUUCGAUGAUUCUGCAGGUUCAUCUCAGACACACUCUGCAGCCUUAAGCAGCCACCUGAGCCACCGCCAAGUCAUGGCAGGAUCAGGAGAUCUCUACUCCCUGAGCGAUCCUUUUCAGUAUUGUAUUUUUUUUAUUAUUAUUAUUGUUAUUAUAUUAAUAUUGUGACACGAUCUUUUUGCCAUCCAGAUGAGGCCUGUGAAAUACAAGGUUUCCUUUAGU